AGGCAAAAACAGACUUAAAGUUAUGGGCGAUUGAUCGCGUUAGCUACCGCAGAAUCAUUAUGCUUAGUCAGAUACGCACGAGAGAGUUAUAUGAACGUUUCUUGGAGAAAGUAUCUAUUCUUGAAUCCCUGGAUAAGUGGGAGAGACUUACUGUUGCUGAUGCUCUCGAGCCUGUCUCGUUCGAAGAUGGAGAGUAUGUUGUUAUACAGGGUGAACAGGGCGAAGACUUUUACAUUAUUGUCGAGGUAAGGUUUAAGAGGUAUUUCUUUGUUUUAGCUUUAUUCUCUAGUUUAUACUGUUAGCUACCUUUUUAAAUGCAUCUGCCGGUUGAGAAACAUAAAAUAAUAGUUAAAAAUUGUCAAUUAAAAUAAAAUUAUCAACGAUGCUUUAAAAUUGACGCCAUAUUUACAGCCAUAUCAGCAAAACUUACUGAACUUCAGACAUCAUUUUCUCUUUGGCGUACCACCUAAAAUAUCUUUGUUUUAGCAUUAUUUUACAGAUAAAGCACUAAAUAUACUUUUUAAGUUUGUUUGCCGAUUGAGAAACGUAUCGAAAAAUAAAAAUUUUGAAUUUAGUCAUAACCUCAAGUGAUAUAUUAUACGCAUUAGUUUUGAGCGCGUGUUACGUAACAUACAAAACAAUCUCCUCUUAAUUGGAUAAAUGUCAGUGUUUUGGGCAUCUCACUCGAUUGUUGAAGGGUUUUCUAGAUGGAGAUUUUGAGUGUAAAUUUUACACAUUUGUUAGACCUAACCAGGAGCAGUUGCAAAAAAUUCAACUAUAGGCCCUCUGUCAGGAAUUGAACCUGCAUGCGGCCCUGCAAUUCGCCUUUCUCACGAAGGCCUAAAUCCGCCAUUUUUGGGUACUAUUUUAUCUAAGUCAUUUUUGAGUACUAUUUUAUCUAAGGAAAAAUCUGAGCGAUGUGAAAAUAAUUUUUCAAAUAUUUAACUGUAAAUCGAUUUAUAAUGAUUAUACUUACAACUAUAGUUAUAGAAAGUUUCAUUUUCACUGCUUACUAUCCCUGUUCUAAAAAGGUUGCCACCCAAAAAUGGCGGCGUAAGAAAGACUAUAAUUCCGAUGCAGCAAUUCUACCAACUGAGCUACAGAGGCCAGUUGUCGAGCUCUAAUCGCAGGGGCAUGUAUAUACUGUAUACUAUAAUAAGAUAGUGCGUCAAUGUAAGGUGUUUUACAAUUUAAAUUUUAAAUCUAUAUCUCAAUCCCCCCCCCUCCCGCAAUUUGAAGCCCAUAUCUUUAUACUUCAUCUGAAGAACAGUGUCUCGAAACUGACAAGAAUUACGUCUUGUUUUCAUUCAGGGAAACGCCGUCGUACUACAAAGACGGAGUGCGAACGAACCAUUUGUCGAAGUUGGUCGGCUUGGACAAUCAGAUUAUUUCGGUGAGUUUAAAUCUUGGUGUUAGUGAGUUUGGGAACUUACAACAGUAACUUCAUUGAAGACGUGCUCAUCAACAAUAGAAUCUUUACUCUAAAACAAAAGCGACCAACAGAUUACACUAACUUGAGCAUUCUAGUACGCCGUAGUUAGUCGUACUGCUAUAUACGUUAUUUAUAUCAUAAUUCUCAUGGCUUUAUAACCACGUCAUAUGUCGUGUGUUUUCUUCGGGUACUCCGGUUUCCGCGCACAGGGAAUGUUGACAGGGUGGGUUGGGACUAGUCCCCUCACUUCCUCCGUGAUCAGACAUGAUCAGAAGGUGGUUGCCAGAGGCGUCCUUAGAAAACCUUUGACUCGAUCAGGUUGAGCUGCGUCCUUCGUAAUUCAGCUUAGCUCUCAGCUGCAAGUAAGUACUUAUACUUGCUAAGUGUAAAUAACCAAGUUACUAAUAUUGAAAAUAUUCUACAUUCCAGGUGAAAUAGCUUUACUAUUAAACAGACGUCGUGCCGCGACUGUACAAGCGCAAGGUCCUCUAAAGUGCGUCAAAUUGGAUCGUCAAAGAUUCGAAAGGUUGCUUGGUCCAUGCGUGGAUAUCCUAAAGAGAAAUAUCGAGCAGUACAAUAGUUUUGUUUCAUUGGUCGUAUAAACUUUCACUUUGCGAAUAUGUAGUACAUAGUCAAUCACCCUAUAGUUGUCUAACCGCGAGCAAAGGCUGGGGAAUAACAUCUAACUAUGUAAUAGAAGUUCAGUUUAUUGAAAUUAGUGUUACACCCGUUUUCAAAAUUACGCGACCAGCACAACGGAAUAGCUAUACAAUGUUGACAUGUCAGUUUUGUGUUACGCGCUAAAACUAGCAAACGUAAACAAAAGGCAAAGAAAAUUUCCAGUGUAAAUUUUCCAAGAAUCGACUCCGAUUUUAACUAUUCUUGAGAUAAGGAGCUUCAACAUGUCUGAGUUCGUAGGUGUUGACAGUAAGUCGACGAACGAUGUUCAUAUUUGAAAUUUUGUCAACAUCGAACUGAUCGAAAUAACCAAAAGCACGCGCGUUACCGAUAAUAAAUUCACUCUGACAGCAGAAUUUGUGCUGAAUGCAAACUAAAUCCGUUCUCAGAGUGGUAUUGUACAUAUCUAUUUAAUUAGUUUGUAUUCACAUUAGAAAGGUUGAAGAAUGGCCACAAGAACCAGGCUUGCCAAAAUCUACUUUUCUGCCAUUUUCGCGAAAAAACUUGUUCGCUUCUGGCUACAGUACUACAUCAUCACACGUCGAUCAGCGCGCGCACUUUCACUUGCUGACAAUAACUUUCAAUUUGCAAUAAUUAUCACUAAAAUAUUUUUAAAAUCCUUGUAAACUUUUUCAUAUAAACCAUGCAAAACAUAUACUUUAAUUGACAACGAACCGCAAAACUCAAAGUUGUAAACAUUCGUGACCGCAUGACAUAAGACUGACAUUUGCACUAUAAGAAAAUUUCGGGCAGGCGCGUAAUUUGGAAAUGGUGUAAAUUGGAUUUCUUUUCGAAAAGCAACCUCAGCCCCGUGUUAGCGGAUAAUCUUAUAUGUCGCAUGUAUAAAUAGACCACGAUUCAUCAAGAUUGACGUGUCGUCGCUGCUGUUGUGAAGUCCAUUGUCUAGUCCAUGGCUUGUUAUUCUUAAGUUGUAAAUUAUACAGACAGUAGUGCGACCACCCAUAAGCUCCUCAAAUAAUUUCCAAGACAUUUUCAGAUUAAGCUUACUCUUUCGAACACGGAAACGGGGGGAAAAACACUGAUCUAUCAGUGGGAAAAAGAGUCCACCUUGUCACCAGCCUGUUCUAAGGUACA